AUGGCAUCCUUACCCGAGAGGCUUAGGAUCGACCACUUGUGUAUACGUCCUAAUGGAGAUGCCACAAAGGCAAUCACGCACAAUGGCCAAGACGGUGCUCCACACGCCAGAUCCGCGAGGGGCGCCACUCCCCCCGCCCCCCUCUCUUCUAUCACAGAUCCUACAAUGAUCCCUACCACCGCCACCGCACCCACACAACACAACACCCCCAUCCACCGUACCCCCACCCCCCCAACUCCAUUCCCCUACACCCUCCAGCCCAAUCACCAACCCUCCAUCCCAACUCCCACCCAGCCCUCCAACCCACCCACGCCGCCAGCCUCUCCCUCCCGCGCACCGUCCCCCACACAACCCUGUCCCCCCUACCACCCCAACCCCAUCCUCCCCCCACUAUCGCCGCCGCUUCCCUACACUCCCCCACCAUGCGACCCCCCUCCCUCUCUACCCCCCCCCUCCGGCCUCUUAUCCGCUAGUCACACCCCAACCAUCACUCCGCCCCUCAGCCCAGCCCCCCGCCACCCUCCCGCCCCCUACACCCCCACCGUGCCACCCCUAACCUCCAUUGUCGCGCCCCACUCCUCACUAGUUAACCCCACCCCCCCACCCCCCUCCCCUGUCCCCACCACCACCCAACACACCCCGGCCAACCCACCCACCCCCUCAACAUUCACCGCUCCCCCUCACCCCCGACUCCACCCGGUCCCUCACCCACCCCUCCAGCGACCCCUAUCCCCCCGGAGUCACUCGCCUCCCCGACGCAUCCACCCGCCCUAG